UCUGCCUGGAGGUUGAACCAGACGAGAAAGCGAAGCCAAUGUGAUUUAUUGAAUGAAGAUAGUGGACAAUUACUAACAACUUGUUCACAUUUUGCCUCAUACAGCCUGAUCUGGACCUGCCACGUGAACAUGACGCAGCAAAUGCAGAACUUGAAUCUUUCCCAGAUGAAAAAGAGCGGCAGCGGGCCGUCUUCUCCAAACGCUGCGAAACGGCUCUACCGAAACCUCUCCGAGAAGCUGAAGGGGAGUCACGCAUCCUUUGACGAAGCAUAUUUCAGAGCCAGAUCAGAUAGACUCAGUCUCCGGAAGACUUCAGUGAAUUUCCAGUGCAACGAAGCUAUGUUCGAGGCCGUGGAGCAGCAGGACUUGGAUGCCGUUCAGAUUCUCCUCUAUCAAUACACCCCAGAGGAGCUGGAUCUAAACACACCAAAUAGCGAGGGUUUAACACCCUUGGACAUUGCCAUUCUAACAAACAACGUGCCCAUCGCGAAGAUCCUUCUGAGGAUCGGAGCAAAGGAGAGUCCGCACUUUGUUACCAUGGAAAGCAGGUUGAUGCAUUUGAGCACGUUGGUCCAGGAAGCCCAGCAGCGAGUGAAUGAACUGUCUACACAAGUGAUGAGUGAAGGGCUGGGAAUGGACAGCGCAGAAAAAGAGAAGCAACUGAAAGCGUGGGAGUGGAGAUACCGACUCUACAAGCGAAUGAAAGCAGGCUACGAGCAUGCCAGAGCCCCCGAGGCGCCAACCAACGUCUGUCUCAUGGUAACAAGCAGUACAUCACUCACUGUCACCUUCCAAGAACCUCUUAGCGUCAACUCAGCUGUAGUGACCAAAUAUAAAGUGGAAUGGAGCUGCUCUGAAGACUUUUCUCCUUUGGCCGGGGAAAUUAUCAUGGAUAAUCUUCAGUCUUUGAGGUGCAUCAUCACAGGCCUCAGAACGGGCCAAAGGUAUUAUGUCCAAGUCUCUGCCUACAACAUGAAAGGAUGGGGUCUGUCCCAAGCCACUACUCCUGCCUCCGCUUCUCCGUCCAACUGGAAAGACUACGAUGGAAGAGACCCUCGACACAGGGGACACACUGAAGCCCUGGAACAUCUCCUUCAGCAGGUCCGAGCGUCUCAUCAGCUUUACAGUUGCAGAGAAGGGUCUAAGUUGCAGAAUGCCGGGCGCAAGCAAUCGGUCUCUAGGAGCCUGAAGCAUCUUUUCCACUCUUCAAACAAGUUUGUGAAGACAUUGAAACGGGGGCUCUACUUAGCUGUUAUAUUUUAUUACAAAGACAACUUGUUAGUAACCAAUGAAGAUCAAAUCCCAAUUGUGGAAAUCGAUGACUCUCAUACUAGUUCCAUUAUGCAUGAUUUUCUGUGGUUCACCAAGCUGUCUUGCAUGUGGGAUGAUAUCAGGUGGCUGAGGCAGAAUAUGUCCAUAUCCGUGUCCUCGUCAACAGCACUUCAAGCCAGGCAAAAGAUGCUUUCAGCAGCAGCACAGUUACAGAAUUUGUUGGGAACUCACAACUUGGGCAGAGUUUAUUACGAACCGAUCAAAGACAGACACGGCAAUAUCCUGAUAGUUACAAUACGAGAAGUGGAGACUCUCUAUUCGUUUUUUAAUGGCAAAUGGAUGCAGAUAUCCAAGCUGCAAAGCCAGAGGAAAUCCCUUUCAACUCCAGAGGAGCCAACGGCACUAGACAUCUUGCUCAUAACGAUCCAGGACACACUUUCCUAUCACAAAAGAAGUCAGCAGCGCCUCCCUCCCGGCUUGUACCUGGGUUACCUUAAACUCUGCAGCUCUGUCGAUCAAAUCAAAGUUCUUGUCCUGCAAAAGCUGCCCAACAUCCUGUGUCAUGUUAAAAUACGAGACAACAGCAACGUUUCCAAAGAUGAGUGGGAAUGGAUCCAAACCUUUUCUGGCUCAGAAUCUGUGGAAAGUAUGGAUCAUGCAUCAGACUGCCCUACUCAAUUGUUCUUCUAUGAGCUCCAGAUGGCAGUGAAAGCACUCCUUAAACAGAUCAAUCUACCUCUACACCAGGCUAAGCACUUCCGUCUGUAUACACAGGAGGUGUUGGAACUGGGUCACAAUGUCUCCUUUCUUCUCCUGCUCCCCGCCUCAGACGACGUCUGCACUGCCCCAGGACAGAAUAAUCCUUACACCCCACACUCAGGAUUUCUUAACCUCCCUCUUCAGAUGUUUGAACUCGUUCAUUUUUGCUGUUACAAGGAGAAAUUUAUUAGUCUGUAUUGCCGCCUUUCUGCUGUCAUAGAGCUGGACUCUCUGAAAACCCAGCAGUCCCUAAGGGAAGCAAUUUCAGACAGUGAAGUCGCUGCAGCCAAACAAAGACACCAGCAAGUGUUAGACUAUAUACAGCAAAUUGAUGAGAUCUGGCGUGAAAUGCGAUGGAUCACUGAAGCGCUGCAGUAUGCCAGGUACAAGCAGCCAGCAGCUGGAUUUCCCAUCAUGAAACUUGUGGACCUUUCAGAAGAACAGAUUCAGAAGAAGAUAAGUUCAACAUCAUCCCAUCUAGACUGUCUUCCAUCACCACCACCAUCACCAGAACUUAGGAGCCAGAGGAGAAAAGCUUUGAGUGAUUCCCAGCCCUGCUCGGAUGAAGAAGGCUGCUCUGAAGUGUUUCUUCCAACCGACAGCGACUACGAUUCCAGCGAUGCAUUGAGCCCCAGAGAACUAGAUUUAGUUUAUUCCUCCCCGCAUGAUAUAUCCCAGCAGGUAGGCGGUGGCCUGGGUGGUAGCGCACCUGAUGUUCUCCAAGUACACGACAUGAAGCCUUGUCUGACGUUGAAAGAGGAUCCGAAAGCGAGCAGUGCCUUGGAUGCUAACGCUGAGUAUUGCACGGAGUACAUGAACAGUCUGACGAUAGCAGGGCUGACGUCAAAAAGCACAGAGAAGACUUCCGGCUCCAGGCAGGCUCUGAGCUUCUUGGGGAAAAAAAAGCUGGGGAAGCAUCAGCACUAUAACUACUUCAGCCGGCACCAUCGCUGGCUGCGCGUGCACAGCGAGACUCAGCCUGCGUCGCUCUCCGAGGGGGUGUACACACAGCAUCUCAUGAGAGCGACCGAAUUAUCCCAAGAGCAGCAAUUUCCCGCUGAUGGGCCUCGGAGCACUUUCUUACUUCAUACGACAAGCCUUCCAGAAGACGGGAAAGGCAAGUAUGAGGAAUCGAGGCAGAACAUCCGCAGGAUAUACGUUGAACCUUACAAGACCACGCUACUGGACGAAGAAGGCAAGCCUUGGGCCCUGAACGCACAAUCCGUAGGACGCGGGGAUUUGCACAACGCCACAAGACAAAAAACGGGGACCAGGACGAUUUGGUGCCUGCGCUGUGCAGGCAAAACAAUUUACAGUGCACAGUACAGCACCUAGUCCUGUGGGGGCCUGACCCGUUUGACCGGUAAGCAAAAGGACCAUGGUUAUAGCUAAUAAAAAUAAACUUUUAUUGGGCUCUGAUCUCUAUGAUGAGAUCUGAUCUCUCUUUUUAUUGGGCUCUUCUAAAAUGAGAAGUUCCUAAAACACAUCCUGUCUUGCUCUGGCGCUCCAAGGGUGCCCCCCACGACUAGGGCUUGUGAUUGAUUGCAAGCCGUCCCCCUGCUCCCCACCCCAACAAAACAGGCUGCACUCUGCUAGUUAGACAGAUGAUAGAAGACCUUUUAUUUUUUUCCACCUCUGCUCUUUAUUUCUUCCAGAAGCAGCCCUGCAUUUAGUAUAACUCCAAUGACCAACUUCUUUGCUGCUGUGAAGGGGUUGAUUUCUAUGGAGUUUUGCCUGUUUGUACCAGCAGAAAAUCUGACCCCGAGAUUGCAAACCAAAGUUGCAGUUCAGCCCUACAUCUUGAUUCCAAUGUUGUUUCAUAUAACUGUGUUUAAAUAACAUUCAAGGCAUACUUCCUUCAUCCCAUUACCUCCAUGCUGAGGUUCUCACACAUACUUUAACUUUCAGAAGCAUAACCACAUGUCAUCACUUCAUUUGGAAACAGACGGUCAAAGUAAUGAGUGAUUGGUACUGGGCAUAAAUACUUCGGUGGGGGUAAGACUUUGGGUUGUCAUUUGAUUUAAAUAUCUGUCCUACUAAUUACUGCCCCUAGGUAUCAAGUCAGUCAUUGGGUAAGCCAGUGCCUUUUAAGAGUGUUAGCAAGUCCUCAGUAAUUUAAAUGAAUCGUUAAAAAAAAAAAGGUGU